AUGAGACCUAGUUUAGUGCGGUCAGUCAGACCACGUCGUCAAGUUCGUAAUACUGCUCCGCUUUUACCUCCCUUGCAGUUGUACAGAGCGAUUUUGAGAGCACAUGCUUCUAAAUUGCCUACUGAGCUUAGGCCUCUUGGAGAUCAAUAUGUAAAGGCAGAGUUCAAGGCUCACCAGAAGAUCGACAAUCCGUUGCACAUCGUUGGGUUCUUGACACAGUGGCAGGACUACUUGCGUGAGAUCGAUGGCGGAACCUGGUUGGACGGAAAGAUGAAGCAACAGGACUUGGAGAAAAUGUCUCCAGAACAGAUCGGCCAGUUGUACGAGUUGAUGCAAGAGACCAAGAAGAUCGGAAUAAGCCAGGAUGAGGAGAGUUUAUAG